AUGCUGGUUGCAAAUUUGUCAGUUAUGUUACAGUUGCAGAUACCUGGUAGAGUUGCGCUGUACCAGGAUGAUGCCGUUAGCAUUGAAAGCGGGACCAACACCGAACGCCCUGAUACACCAACAAACACUCCUAAUGCUCCAGGAAGAAAAAGCUGGGGGAAAGGAAAGUGGAAGUCAAAGAAGUGCAAAUAUUCCUUCAAAUGUGUAAAUAGCCUAAAGGAGGACCAUGGUCAGCCUUUGUUUGGAGUCCAGUUUAACUGGCACAGUAAAGAAGGUGAUCCUCUCGUUUUUGCCACUGUAGGCAGCAACAGAGUUACUUUAUAUGAAUGUCAUUCCCAAGGUGAAAUCCGUCUGUUGCAGUCCUAUGUGGAUGCUGAUGCAGAUGAAAAUUUCUAUACCUGUGCGUGGACGUAUGACAGCAAUACAAGCCAUCCUCUUCUGGCUGUGGCAGGCUCCAGGGGUAUUAUCAGGAUAAUUAAUCCUAUUACAAUGCAGUGCAUAAAGCACUACGUGGGCCAUGGGAAUGCAAUCAAUGAACUGAAAUUCCAUCCAAGAGAUCCAAAUCUUCUUUUAUCUGUAAGCAAAGAUCAUGCAUUGAGACUGUGGAACAUCCAGACAGACACGCUGGUUGCAAUAUUUGGAGGAGUAGAAGGGCACAGGGAUGAGGUGUUAAGUGCAGAUUAUGAUCUUCUUGGUGAAAAAAUCAUGUCCUGUGGGAUGGAUCACUCUCUAAAACUUUGGAGAAUUAAUUCCAAGAGAAUGAUAAAUGCCAUCAAAGAGUCCUAUGAGUACAACCCAAAUAAAACCAACAGGCCUUUUAUUUCCCAGAAAAUUCACUUUCCUGACUUCUCUACGAGAGACAUACAUAGGAACUACGUUGACUGUGUACGAUGGUUGGGAGAUCUAAUUCUUUCCAAGUCUUGUGAAAAUGCCAUCGUGUGCUGGAAACCUGGCAAAAUGGAAGAUGAUAUAGAUAAAAUCAAGCCCAGUGAGUCCAAUGUGACCAUACUUGGGAGAUUUGAUUACAGCCAGUGUGAUAUAUGGUACAUGAGGUUUUCAAUGGAUUUCUGGCAAAAGAUGCUUGCCCUGGGCAAUCAGGUUGGCAAACUUUAUGUUUGGGAUUUAGAAAUAGAGGAUCCUCAUAAAGCCAAGUGUACGACUCUUACUCAUCCUAAAUGUGUUGCUGCCAUUCGACAAACCAGUUUUAGCAGGGAUAGCAGUAUCCUUAUAGCCGUGUGUGAUGAUGCCAGUAUCUGGCGCUGGGACAGACUACGAUAAAUUACUUUUUCUUAAUUCAAAGUAGAAAAUAUAUUUUCAAAUUAUAAUAUAGUCUGUUAACUCGCUAGUACGGUAGAUGGAUUUAGUGUAGACUUUCUCAACGGUUCGGCGGGCUGGAGCUGAACUUAGUGAUGUUUACAUUCUGAGUAUUGUUCUGCUUGAAAUUGCUGCUUUUAAUAAAAAGAAGUAUUUUUGUAAAGUU